AUGUUGGUAUCAUUACCGGCGCUUCACCCGGGGAGACUGCUCUCUCACAUCCUCGUGGCGGCUGUACUAUUAGUUGCGACCAUCGAGUCGACCCCUCUCGCAUCAGAUUCCCGAGAUAUUGGAGACCAACCUCCUGAUGGUAUCAAUGGUCCCGGGAAUGCAGCGAUAUCGAAGCGACAACUUCCAGUGGAAGGCCUAAACCAGUUAACUAGUGCUCUGAGAAAUACGUAUAAAGGGAACCCUGGUCCUGGACCAGAUAACAUUGGGCAAGUUCAGGGCAACGAUACCAACCUGACACGAAAGGAGACGAUCCCCUCAUCGUUCUUCUAUUCCGAAAAGGGGCUCUACGUUCGGUGCAACUCAGCCGACUUUGUUUUAAAUCUUCAGCCAUGGAACCAUCCCGACUAUCCGGACAUCAAGCUUGACGCUUGGAAAAACGUCAAGACUUGGGAUCGUGAAAAAGUCUUGGGGAAUAUUCAUAGAACCCAAUAUGCGUGUAGACAGUGCAAAUGUGACGAAGAGGGAAGAAUAAUACCCCGGGUCAAAGGGACUCCCAAGCACAAAGCUAACUUUUGUACGAAACGAGCUUGUUUUUGCACCGUUGAUUUGAUCCAACCGGUUCCUACCUCCACGACCGCGACGGUUGAGGACUACCAAGCCGCAUUAGAUCGUAUCCCAGAAUCGGCUAGGGCUAUGAACUACAAUUAUCGCUGGCUCUGGGGCGGACAGAGUUUGAGAUUCGGCCAGUCACCCCCACUUCGAUUUGCGAACGGUAUGCUUCCCCCAGAAAGGCCACCCCCGGAAGAAGAAUCAGUCGAUCUCGAAGAUCCGUCUUAUGGGGGGCUCUAUAUGGUCCUCGACCCGAAUAAUGGAUACUAUCCGCCGGCAAAAGGGUUUCAAGAUAAAUUUGUAUAA